AGAUUUUCUACCCUCCGAUUGGCUCAGGAGUCAUGAUUGGCAGGUGGUUAGGGCCCGCCCUGCCGGUGUCUGUGCAUGGAUCGGUCUGCUGCGAGAGCCUAAGCAUCAGAGAGUGGAGUGGAAACAGGAAGAAGGGGGAGAGGGGAAGAAAGGAGACAGAGGAGAGAGGAACGGGUGAGACAAGGUGGCGAGGAGUGAAAGAGAGGAAAAGGGGAGCAAGAGAGGGGGUGUGUGGAUCAAAGGAACAAAGACACUUAAAAAAAAAAAGGUAAACUACGGUGAAACAUGAUUGUAUUAUUUGUCUCUGUCUCUAUGGUAAUCGUCUCUCUGCAUGCAUUGUGCAGUCUGGACGAAGUGUGAGUGGCAUUUGUGUGUCUGUAAUCUGUUGAUUUCUGUGUUUUUCAGUGUGUCAUUGUUCUGAACGACGUGUGUGUGUUGGCUGAACAUACUGCAGUGUGUGGUCUGCAGACUGUGGUGCUGCACAUUCAUGCAUGAAGCCAACACACACACACACACACACACACACACACACACACAGACAUACAUGCACACAUGCAAUGCAGACAUGUAGGCUAGUGCACGAGCAGAAAUGUGGAAUGAUGAAUGUUGUAUGGGGGGGGGGGGCUUCUGCGGUUACACUUUUGCUGUGGUUACAUUUGUGUUCUGAGGAGCUGAGGUUGAACUGUUGAAUAUCAACAGUGUGUGUUUGUGGGAGGUGUACAGUAGUGUAUCUUCAGCUUAGCAAAGUGUGAAGCUUAAUCUUCAAUUUGAGGAAUUUCCAAACUAUGUCACAUGCAGCUCUUGGCUCGGGUAAAAGUUCAGCUCACUGUUAAACACAUCUUACACACUAAAACUUGUGGCCUUAUUGUGAUUUUUUUUAUAUAUAUAUAUAAAAGAGGGUGGCUCAAAUAUUUGACUCACUCUCAUUUGUAAUAAUAAAAAAAAAAGAAUCAAAAUGUAUAUAUGGUAAGCUUAGCUAGCGGAAGGUACAGCGUGUAUUCUUCCAGUGGAUGUGAUUGCCAGGUAACCACCUGGAUUUGACAUCCCAGGUAACCGUUCCUCACACAAUCCCAGCUGUCUUGCUCACACUCAGACAGACACACAAGCACGUGCGUUCAGUAUCAUCUUCAUACGUUGUCAACCUGCUCCAUUGUCUUUUUUUUUUAACGAAAAGCUUGCACAUUUUAUUGCAUUGUUUGCAUAUGACACCCCUCUUUUCUUGCUCUUGACCUUGCCUUGGUACAUUCCAGCACCCCCAGAGAGAGAGAGAGAGAGAGAACGCUGUGCUUUAUGGAGCAUACACCGGGAGAAGCUGCUGUUACAGAAAGGGAGAAGGGGAUAGAGCAGAGAGGGCUGUGGGGAUGUUAUUUUUAGAAAUGUGAUUGAUAUUCGCCUCGUACUGUAAGCUCUUUCUCCGGGACUGUGACGCUAUUUCAGGCCUGAAUCCAAUAAAAUCACACAUGUGAAUGCGUUCAGGGUGGGUCUGUACAUUGUCGCUUCUCACUUCCCUCUCCAUCUGUUCUCCACUUCCUAUGUUAGCUAGCCAAGGAGCAACCAGAGACAGGCCAGGUCUGGUGCAGCCCAUCCUUCCUUUUAUGGUAUAGGAUCUUUGCAACUUGCAAAGACCCACAAUGUAGCGGUAUGAACAUGCACAUCUGCAGGGAUUCACUUCAGCAGCAAGCCGUCUUAGAUAUGACAGGGGACAUUAGCAGGGGUAUGAAAUGCUGUCCAUUUGACAAAAUGAGGGCACAAAUUGGUGAGCAUGGCUGCUCUUAAACAAGAUAAAUAUUUCUGGGUUAGCUGUCUCGUUGCUGAGAUUUAAGGAGGUGGAGCAGAGAAUCAUUGGUGUUAAAGUAUACAUUAAAUCCCCUCCCUCUCGGUUUCGGUGUCCAAAUCACACACACACACACACACUCCCAAACAGUCCCCGCCUUGCUUGAGGCCGUGCUCCCAGCUCCGGACUAAAUGAUAUCAUCGGGACGGUUACCAGGGAUACAGGGACCCAGCGUGCAGAGAAAAGGGUGGGUGAGGCAUAGGCAGAGCUGUACACAUAGCCUGAAAGGAGAAAGGAAGCGGCUGGGAUAUUGGGUAUCAAGAAAGAAAAAUAGGAGACUUGUCGAGACAAGUGCGAGAAGAUAGCAAAGGUGAUGGGAGCAGAGCCAUGGGGAGGAAACAUGGAAGAUAAAAAGCCCUACUGUCAAAGGUUAUUGGCCCAUCCUUCCUCCUUCCAUCUCGUUUCGGUCCCUUCCUUUGUCUAGAGGGGGUCAAGUUUUGUAACGGUGCAAAUGUGUUGCAAAAGCAUGUGUUGUAGGAAACGACGGCUGGGAAUAGAAAAGGAAGAGAAUGGCAGCAAUACCUGAGGGAUGGAGGAGAGAUCCUGCUGUUGAUUUAAAAUAAUACAAGCUUCCUGUCUUGUACAUCUGUGCACUGACUGGCUCUGGUAUUUCCUCACUCUCUCCACUUUGUGUGUGUCUGUCUGUGUUUGUGUGUGUGUGUGUGUGUGUGUGUGUGUGUGUGUGUGUGUGUGUCUGUGUGUGCUAGCCAGCUAGUAGCCGAAGAUGAUCAUGUCUAUUUAAAGGGAUCUGAGGCUACAUGGGAUACUGGCUUGUUAUUCCUGACAGACAGCAUCAUCGAAUUUAGACCGGCGUGUGUCUCCCCCUGUCUUUUUCCUCGGUGCUCAUAGCAAGCCUGUUUGGUGCUAUCAGGUGUGAAGUGGAGGGCUUCCCAAACUCAGACCAAGACUGGCUGCAUGUAUCACCCAGCAGAGCUGUACUCUGGCCGUAACACAUGGGACUCCUACACGGCUGGAGGACCUAACAGAGGACAAUGGGCUCCUGUAAACGGUCGGCCCUGGAGCCACACUCAAAGCAGAUGCCAAGAAGGGCGCAAUCAAUCACAUCAUCCACCAUCCAAUCGUCUUUAUAGUAGGGGAGAGAGGACAGACCAUGUCCAGGACAAGGCUAUCUCUAAGGGAUACAGGCAGCCUCUGCGUCUUUGGGAUUGCAAAGAGCGUCCGUUUGAGGCCCAGAACUGGCAUCCCAACUCCACACGCUCAUUCAACAAUCGACCUGGCACCAACAACGGUUAUCUAACAGGACCCGGAGAGCGCUACACAAACUGGGACAACGAUGCCAGCAACUCUUUGCAUGGAGGUCCUCAUCUGCAUCGCAACCACAGAGAAGUCCAGUCCCCGCCGCAGAGAUGGGCCUCAUCAGACUGCCGCAGGAGCUUUCCUAACAGAAUGAUGAACAAUAGACCAGGACCCUGGAAACGGCCAGUCCUCCACCAGCGACGAGACCAGCAGCACCAGCACAGUCCCCCUCCACAGCACCCUUUAUCCCCCAGGGAAGAGUGUCCAGCCAAGAGGAGACGAGAAUCUGGCCCUGAUCAGUCUCAUCCGGGAUCAAGGCAUUUACCUUUAGUUGCCCAUGCCCCAUCACCAACUCGCCACAAUCGCUGCAAUCAAGACGACUGGAAGCCUCUUCAUGACAGGACUGGUCCUCUCCAUCACUCUGAUCACAGGACCUCAACCACACAGCAACCGGAAACCUCUAAAGUGCGAGCUGAAGGGCAUGGCUCUAGUAACAGUAGCCCAGCAGCUCUGAACCAGAGAUGCAGCAGCAGAUCACCACAUCACGGAAGCAGAGGGAAGGUCGACCGGAAAAUCUCGUCUUCACCAGCAGACCACACCCGUGUGCCUUACAGCCACCAACACCAUCAUUACCAGUACCAACGGCACACAGGCCAUCCCAGAGCCCCACAGCACAACCCGCCACCACACACUCAUGAGGAAAAGGACUCAAGGAACCAUCACCACAAAAAAAGCACAGAACCUCAGCGCAUUCAUCAAAGGGCUAAUUCAAGGGAUCCAGCCCUCUACAAGUCCUCUGGUUCAGCCUCUCCCCCCUACUCAUCCCUCCUCUGCACUCCUCAAAGUGAAGGUCGCACUGCCAGCAGUCCACAUUCCCCUUCCAGUCCAUCUGCCUACAUGGCCGCCAGUGGCAGAAAGGAUCAAUCAAAUAUCCGUCAAUGCAGUCCCAGCCCCAGAGGACAGCAGAAACUCCAGGGAAGCCCCAGUCACACCCCGAGACCUAGCUCAACAUCUCCCACGUCUCCUUCGUCCCACACUGGACCAAAAUCCAGGUUCUCAGAGGUCAAAAUUCGAAAGACUUCAAAGUCCCCCUGCUCACGACAGACAUCUCACAGCAGAUCAAAAGCAAUCAAGCCUGAGGCGGAGUUAGCCGAACGCAUUAAGAGUGACAAGCUCGUGAAAAAGGAGAGAAAAGAAGGGCUCCAAAAGACGAGCAGGAAAGAUGUGGAAACGAAGAGACGAAAGAAAAAGGAGGAGAAGAGGUUGGCCGAGAGAAAAAAGAAAAGGGAGAAAUCAGCGAAGAAGGAAAGAAAGUUAGGCUUGAAAACUCAAAUGCUAGAAAAGGAGAUAUUUACUUCUUUCUCUACUCCCAACUUCUCAUGUGAGGCCAAAGGGAGUAAAAUGGCGCUAACAACAAUGUCACCCGAGAAGCAGGUCCAGUCACCAUCAGCAUCCAAACACAAGCACAGGGAGAGGUGGGAACGAGAGAAGACACAAAGGCUGUCCAUAAAAACCUCUCCGCAUCCGUCCUCUGAAUCUCAGAAUCCCAAAAAGAAAAGCAGUCCUCCAAAAGUUUCCGUCAAGGAAAAAGUACCACAUUGUCCUCGCAGUAACACCAGCGACAAAAAGAUCAGCAAGAAGCCGGCCAAGGUUUCAUCCCAGCUGGAAGUCCGACCAAAAGCAAAGCCAGACGAGACUCUCCCCUCUCUUUUAUUCAAAGCCUUAGAACCUCUCACUACAGCCUGCUCUAUUAGCUUGGAGCAGCCAAUCCAUGGCAAAGAUGAUGGGCAGGGAGUUCUCAACGCCCCGGACCUACAGCCUGUUGCAGUGAUGGGAAACCUGCAGGAUUUGGGAGACAACCUUUCGAACACUCCUCCUGUCCUCAGCUGGCAGGGAUCUCCAGUCUCAGAUCUGGGAGACGAUGAGGAGGAGCUAGAAAAGGGAGUGAUAAGAAGACCUGUCCUCCAGCCAAGCCCAACCCAGUGCUUUUCCCCUCCUUCUGUCGACAGCGAGAGCACCGACGAUACUACCAAGGAGUCUUGUGAAGGUACACUUGCCGACGAUUCACACGAUAGCAUGCCAGAACUCUGUGAUCUACCUUUUGCGACUGAACAAACUGCCAAGGAAGAAAAGGAGGAGGACGUGGACAGCGCUGGGGAAACUUCGGAAUCUCUUCUCCGCGAGCUUCGCCACCAUAGAACAGGCUUGGAUGACGUCUUCAAGAGCCUCGCCAACUUUCUUGGAGGCCAAAAAGUCCCUUGUCGAGGCGGUCCAUUUGGGGGCCCUCCUGCUAGCACCGCUGGAGGAGUGAAGUACUCUUCUUCUGUCGCAUUGGGGCCAGAGAUCCGUGAGCAGCAGGAUUUCUUCCCCACACUGGAUCCUUUAGCAUCCUCUGAAGCCGGUAAUCAAUCACCAUCUCACACUACCUCACAUUGUCUUUCAAAAUCCAACUCUUCGACAGAUGGCAAGGAGCCUGUCAAGGACGCCGAGCUGCAGAAGAAGCAUGAACAAGCCGAGAGAAAUAUCAAAGAGAAACACGAGGACAAGAAGACGGAGAUCCUCACCGAGAGGACGGAGUCGUCUCUUUUGGAUGGGUCACUGAGUGCAAAGCUGCGGCUGACCACAACUAACACAGCCUCCUUUACCAGCCUCAUCACUGUCACCACCAAGGAAGACAGAGGGAGCUGCAAAGAGACAGAUCCCAUAAGAAGAGACAGGAAAAGAAAACGAAAUAGCAAGGACGAGGGAAGACAAGGAGAAAUAAAGAUUAAGAUCAAGACAGAAGAGAGCAGCGUCAUGUGUCCUAAAAACAAAGCGAUCGAGAAUGGGAGGGUAAAAGAAAGGGAUGUUUCGUCCUCAAUUUUUGUCAUCUCCAGGAAACCACCCAGAACUGUCAAAGACGGUAGGAAGCGCCAGAUUCUCCUGGAAAAACAAACAAAGCACGGCAAGGACAGAACACGUGACAAUGAAAACUCUGAGGGAAAGAUGGCAAUGGCAAAGAGAGAAGAAGGCGACGGGUUAGAAAAUAAGACAUCGGCAGCAGCUGGAGACACAAAUAAGAUGCAGAGGUCAGCAUCAAGUGUCACAAUCAAUGCGUCCAAAUUAUGUGUCUCCACCACGGCGAGUAAACCUCCCCGCUCCUCGGCUCCGGUCGACCCUCUGAAACUCAAGGCUUUGUCCAUGGGCUUGUGUAAGGAGUUGAAGAUCCUUCUGUUUAAACUUGAAAGUGCUGGAAGACAAACGUACAACUUAUCAGAGCUGGAGGCGAAAAGAAUCCCACUGUCCAAGAUCAGCAUUGAAAACACAGCAGCGGAAGUGAUAAGAGCUUGCAAAGGAACAAGUGUAAAGGGAAAAUUCAAGGAGUCCUUCCUGCUUCCUGCCUUCUCCGUCAAACCUAACAUUGCCGUUGUGACACCCAUUCCUAGAGAGAAGCUAAACCCUCCGACACCCAGCAUCUACUUGGAAAGUAAGAGGGACGCUUUCUCUCCAGUUCUGCUUCAGUUCUGCACUGAUCCCAAAAAUGCUGUCACUGUCAUCAGAGGCCUGGCUGGCUCCCUCCGCCUUAACCUUGGUCUGUUCUCCACCAAAUCGCUGGUGGAGGCCAACGCGGAGCAUGCAGUCGAGGUGAGGACUCAGGUUCAACAGCCGGCGGAUGAGAACUGGGACGCCAGUGGUUCAUUGCAGACCUGGCCCUGUGAAAGCAGCCGCUCACACACCACCAUCGCCAAAUACGCCCAGUACCAGGCUUCCAGUUUCCAAGAGAGCCUGCAGGAGGAGAAGGAGAGUGAGAAUGAAGAGGAAGAGGAAGAGGAAGGGGAAGAGGACAAGCCCUCAGAUUCAUCACCCAACACCAAAGCUGGUCUGCCCCUCGCCAACAGUAAAAGCAAUCCGGCCUCAACUACCAUUCAACCCGAUUCUGGCCUUGUCACCAACACACUCAGCUCCGAGCAGAAGUCAGCAGGAAAGAUAAUCAAAUUCGGGACCAAUAUUGAUCUCUCCGACCCUAAAAGGUGGAAGCCCCAGCUGCAGGAGCUGCUGAAGCUGCCAGCCUUCAUGCGCGUGGAAUCCAGCAACAACAUGCUCAGUCACGUCGGUCACACCAUCCUGGGCAUGAACACGGUCCAGCUGUACAUGAAAGUGCCGGGCAGCCGCACGCCAGGUCAUCAGGAGAACAACAACUUCUGCUCGGUCAACAUCAACAUCGGGCCUGGGGACUGUGAGUGGUUUGCCGUCCACGAGCACUAUUGGGAUGCCAUCAACAGCUUCUGUGAGAAGCAUGGAGUGGACUACCUCACAGGGUCCUGGUGGCCAGUCCUGGAGGACCUCUACAGCUCUAACAUCCCCGUAUACCGCUUCAUUCAGAGGCCGGGAGACCUGGUGUGGAUUAAUGCGGGGACUGUUCACUGGGUGCAGGCAGUGGGCUGGUGCAACAACAUCGCCUGGAACGUGGGACCGCUCAACUCGUACCAGUAUCAGCUUGCCCUGGAGCGCUUUGAGUGGAACGAGGUGAAGGAGGUUAAGUCAAUCGUUCCCAUGAUCCAUGUCUCCUGGAAUGUGGCUCGCACCAUCAAGAUAAGCGACCAGGAUACCUUCAAGAUGAUCAAACACUGCCUGAUACAGUCCAUGAAGCACAUCCAGAUUCUCAGAGACCAGCUGGUGGCAGCAGGGAAGAAGAUCUGCUACCAGAGUCGAGUGAAGGAUGAGCCGGCGUACUACUGCAACGAGUGUGAUGUGGAGGUGUUUGACCUGCUGUUUGUGACCAGUGAGAACAGCAGUAAGAAGAGCUACGUGGUGCACUGUGAGGACUGUGCCCGGGCUAAGAGCCCAUCGCUGGCAGGAGUUGUGGUGCUGGAACAGUAUCGGAUAGAGGAGCUGAUGAAGACCUACGACAGCUUCGCGCUGGCUCCUGCUCCCUGUUCAAAGUGACAACUCCUCCCCGGUGUCUUUCAGCCAUAAAACCAAAACGCUAAUGGCAGCACAAGCGUUGUCUUCAAGGCAAUCUAUUUGUGAAAAAAAAAACACUCCCUGAAUCAGCCAAUCACAUUUCCUCAGUAUUGUUUACAUCACACAGUAAGGUAUGGAUACUCAGCCAAUCCAACUCUAGCUCACUGUCUUCCCCAUACCAGCUGCUGAUUGGACGUGGGUUUUGAAAUAGAAUGACUAGACUGGUACUCUUUAAUGCAAAGCAUUUCAGAACUGUACAAAAAAAAAAAAAAGAAGAAGAAGAGCACUGCUAGCACUGAAAAUCAGGUUAUAUGUUUAACGGACACUGCUGUGAUUCUAAAGCGUCAAGUAGCCGGUUCUGUGAGUUAAUUCAGGUACUUUUAUGCAAAUUCAGUAGAACUUUUUUACACCAAUCUAGUUAUUCUAUAUGUCCAUGAAUUUGCUGUGAUUCUGUUGUACCAGCAGGGGAAUGGCUUCACAAGAGAAGUAGCUGAUUGUCACAUUUGACAUCACAUUUGCUUUCUGUUUUUUUUUUUAGUAUUCAGGUGAACUCUGGCAUUUGUAAUACCCGUCUGUAUACUCUUUGAGGUGCUAUUCCAAUCCUAUUUAUUCUCGUUAGGUAUUUUAAAAGUUUUACCAGCCUAGAAGUACACCACAUUGGCCUUGCAAACUGUAUUUAGAGGAGAGGUAAUUAGAGGAUUAAAAAACACACAAAAAAUAAGGUUUUAUGUAAAAAACUAAACUUAAAAAAACUAAUCAAAACUUUUCUCAGUUUCUCUAAAAUACGGGUUCACUAGAGGACUAAUAUGGUUUCAUCCUUAGUUGGAAAUCAGCUUUUAGAUGGAAGGUUUGGUUUUGUUUGUUUUCAUCACCAGUCCAGCUAAUUUCGUCGUCGGUGUGGUUUCUUUGAUACACCCAGAAAACAGGCAUGGUGUCGUUUUUUUUAUAGUUUUGAAUGGGAGAACAAUCCCAGUUUUAUACCUCUUUUGUUGCUAUAUUCUCAUUUGUAGAUGACAGAGAAAAUAAAUACUUGUAAAUUGUGAAUGAAUUUAUGAUAUACCCACGGUGGUGUGCAUAGACUUGUGGGCAGGGCGGUGCUAUCAGUGAAGUGCCGGUUAGUGUGAGAAAGUAAUAUGUCCAAAGAGACACACAAUCAUAAUCUUAUAAUGCAAAAGCCAAUGAGGAUGAACAGAUGUCCAAACUGACUGGCACCUCACACUGUUUUCUCAAUCUUCCGACAAACAUCCACUCUGAACAGGAUCAGGAGCUUCGUGCGUCAGGAGAUGUGGCAUACUAGUUCAACAUGUUAAGAGCAUAUGCAGUGUUUCCCCUACCAUUAUCUAAGGGGGGCGCCCCGACAUCAACUUAUUUUAUUUCAUAUAAAGUGCCAGAUCACAACAGAAGUAAUUUAAGGAUACAUUUCCUAUAGAACAGGUCUGUUACCUUGUCCUUUUAUUAAACAAACUAAAUAGCCUUAUGUUAUUUAUCUUAUUUACACAGCGGCAUUUCAUUUCUCUCUACAUGUGCACAGACAGACAGACACACACACACAGGUGAGCACACUCCCACCAGCGGAGAGUGCGUGUCGGAAAAGUAUGUCGCGACAACCACCUGAAAAGCAUAUUAAGAGGCUCUGGAAAUGUUGUUCCAGAAGCCCCUCCCAGGCCCGCCCCCGCCUCCCCCCAAAAGCUGUAAACCAAGGGGAAACACUGAACUGAGACUUGGCUCAGACAUCAUUUCUAAUUGUAACAGCCCUUCAAUUGAAAACAUCAAGUUUGUUGAGGCCUCAUAGUCCAAUCUUUGGCUGUGAAUGUGGCUAUUGUGGAAGGGCUACACAAUUUGUUCAACUUCAAAGUAGAGCUCGACUGAUUUUUGGGUGACAGUGACAUUAUUGGAUAGUUCUUUAUAUGUAAAAAAAACUACUGAUGGUGACACUACUUCAUUACUGUAGCCUUAGACUAGAACAAUCUGCACGCACAUGUUUAUUUGCUCUGGCGUAUUUGACCUGGCUCCAUCCUGUUCUGGCAGAUUACAAUCAGGCACAGUUCAGGUCAGUCUGAUCACAGCUGUUUAUCUUAUAUUGUGUGUGUUUAAGGGCCAUUGAGGCUUUUUCGUAAACAAACAAGAUGGCUACCACUGAUGUGGAACUUUCUAAAUUCACAAACUUUUUGUUAUUAUACUGUAGUCGCUUUGUAGUGGUCUGACAGCACUAUCUCAUCUACUACAAGAUAUUUUCAGUUUAUCUUAAACUUAAACGUUAGACCUCUGCCUGUAUAUUCUGUUCUUUAAUUCAAUCAUUCAUUCUGUUCUUAAAUGGCAGACACUGGCCCUCAUGUAUCCAACGUAUCUGUCUGUGUCUGAGAGUCAUUAGAUCAUACUGCAGUGCCUGUUACAACAGACAGAGUUAGAGGUGCACAGAUUUAUUGUUAGAUAAGAUAUUGCACCUCAAAAGUAUUUUAUAUUACGCUCCACCUCAAACGAUCUCUGUAUAUCUCGGCUACAUUGCUUUUUAAAUAACGUUGAGCAGUGCGAUCUGUCAGGUGAUUUCUUUAGUUGUGUGUUAUUUUUGAUGAAUUCAUGUUUUUUUUUUUUAUCGUUUUACUUUAAAGAUUAGAGAGGCUUCUUUCAGUAAUUACAUGUUGAAAGUUCCCAUGCGCACAGGAAUAUCACUGCAGAAAAUAUUGCGACAAAAACAGGUACUUUAAAAGGACGGACAAAUCUCCAGAGGAAACUAAAUAGAACGUUUAACCUCUGAAGAAGGAAAUGUUUAAGAAUACAGAAUAUCAUCGUUAGAUCAUAAGUAAUCGGUAUGUCCGGAGAUUAUAAUAAUCAAUGAUACGCUGAAGUGAGACUUCAGGCCAGACUACAUGUGACAUAAUAACGAAUAAAGAAAUCUGGGGGCUGUAAUUACUACUACUGUAUUACGUAUCUCCAUGCCGUAAACUUAGGGGUAGAGGACAGCUGAACUGUGAAUAUAUAGGGGCAUGGUAUUAAAAUGAGGAUCGUUUCCAGCCGCCACACUUACCAACACUGGUCACCCGUACGCUGUGAUCAGCCAGAUACACACAUUUUAUAGGUCCCACGUGGACCCUGUCGUACGAUGAUUUCUACACCCAAAUCUGCUCUGGUUUCUACACCAGAUUGAUAAGUGAGGGCCAGACUGUGAGCAAAGAUUCGCCCUGACUUCAGUAUUGUUAGGAUUUAAAUGUACGCUGACACGCUGGCACCUCAUCAACUGUUACAACUAAGGGAAAGAAAAGUCUCACCAAAUGUUCCUGUUGUUGAAACUAGCUAUCCAUUCUAGUAAAUAACAUCUACAUCCUGAUUGGUUGUAAUAUCCAGAGGCAUUUUCUCUGCAGCCGUAGACAACACCUGUUGAAAAUUUAAAAAUACAUUGAGAUGUUUCAGAUUCAUUUUUGGCUUAAAAUUGGUUCAAAUUUCCAUAAACCUUGUUUGCUGCAUCUUCUUUUAUAUAUCAGCAAACAUAAGCACAGGUAGCUGCAAUAAGCUGAUAUUUCAGCCUGGAUGAUAUUGGUCUAGCUCUACUUUCAAGUGCAUUCAAAAGCUUUUGUUCCUUCAUAUAAUACGAUCGUUGCUUCAUUGGACUGUAUACAUGAGUUAAGUCCAAUCUUUAAUUACUUAAAUUGAUGUUAAGCAUAAUCAAAUGUCAGUGAUCUAAGCCCUGCCCGUAUCAGUCUGUGCACCCCAUUCACUGUACAUAUUGUAUCUGUUUUCAGGUUUACUAGAAGACUUCUGUAGUUUUGUUCUCAGUCAGAUAUCUAAUUUGUAUAUGGUCAAAAUUUGUCCACCUCAGUCUCUUGUUUUUGUUUUUGUUGUUGCUAUAUUAUAAAAACACCCAGAAAAUAUCCUGUGUCACUCUAGUUUAAAUUACUGCAAUGGGAGUUUUUGUUCCCACUUUUAUACCUCUUUUUGUUGACAGUUUCUGUUUUUUGGAUUACAGAGAGAAUGGAAAAUUGUAAAUGGUGACAUUAUUUAUACUGUAUAUGGUUGUUUUCUUAUAUAUUUAUUGCAUAUCAAAGGGUACUUCAUUUGAUAAGAGCCUAAAAGGUAUUUUAAAGAUGUAGUAUGGUCAUAGUGUGUGGGGCAGGGGAAGUGCAAUCAGGGGGGACGGUUAAAUGUUCAUGGUGCUAGCCCCCUCCUUGCCUCAAUGCCCCCUUAUUAAAAAGCAUAUAAUGAUGAAUGAUCAAAAGUCAGUGAUACAACUCAAUCCACUGGUUGGUGCUUAGAACCUUUUCACAACAGUAACUGGUAACAGAAAUGAACUGAUGUCUUUGUACUGUAAGUAACAGAUGAAUACGAGAUCUUUUAAAAAUGUUUUCUUUUCCAUUGUAUGAAAUUCAUUAUCUUGUGAGGCAUUAGUGGUUUUCUGAAGAGCAUUAGCAGUAGUUGUAAUUAUUGACACUUUUACAGAGACUUUUAGGGAUGUGACUUUAAAUGACGUCGAGGGUUUCGGUUUUUCUCUGUGUCUCGUCCUCAUCAUUAUUAUUCGUAGUAUUUUUUGAAGGAUGUAAUAAUGCUAUUUUAUUCCUCUUGACUUGUUUGAUUUCUGCUGCACUUAUUGUUUCUAAAAGAACUCACAUAGAAGAAACCUGAGCCAGACCUGUCUUAAAUCCCUCUGUGAUUUUUCUGUGACAUACUGUAUUGUUGUUGGAUGAAAUAAAAUGUUUUGAUAAAUUA